AUGACUCGAGCCCCCGAAGCAUGGCUCGAGCCCCCGCAAAGUCUGCCAAUUGCCACUUUGUCAUCGUCUAUCAUACGAAUAUCCGACACUUUGAACUUGGCAGAUCCAUUUUUUUACAUAUCGAGACCGAUUGACUUGUUAUUGGGUGUGAAGCUCUUUUGGAGGCUCUUAUGUGUAAAUCAAAUUCAAACUGGGCAUAAUAAUGUUUUUCAAAAAACAUUGUUGGGAUGGGUAGCUGGAGGCGUUGUUGGUGACAUUGAUGGCGGUCACUCUGGUAGCGAAGAUCUGGAUUUAGUUAAACGAUUACCGCACGAUAUUGAAUGUGAACAGAAUUUUCUAAGUAUGGAAUUAGGAUUAUCGGAACAACUGGCAAUAAAACGCUUUCAUGCAUUAGAAAGAAGGUUGAGUCGAGAUCCAGUUAUUAAAAGAAAGUACAUUGAGUUUAUGCAGGAAUACCUAGCGUUGGGACAUAUGGAACCUGUAUCGCAAGCCGAAACCAAUUAUAUUAAACAGAUCACCAUAUCUGGUCAUUCGAUGUUUGCAAGAGGUAGCAAAGAUGAAGAGCGAUAUCCAAAAGCACAAUUGGCAAUAUUGAAUGACUUCUAUGUGAAUGAUUUGCUUACGGGCGCUCAUACUGUUGAGGAAGCAUUGGCUCAGCAAAUUCGAGAAAUUCUUUCGGGAGCAUUUCAAUUGCAUAAGGGCUUCAAACAAUCCGUCGAUAAUAUUAUAAUUGAAUAUAAGCGAUGCAGCCGAUUCUGA